AAAAUGAAUCAAACCAUAAGUUGCUUUAAGCAUUAAAACAUUAAACUACUUUAUUUCUUUAAAAAAAAACGUUAUUUUUUAACAAAAUGUUCAAAUUGAUCGCUGUAUUCUCUGCUCUCUUUGCUGUUGCCUCUGCUGGCUACUUGGGUGGUUAUGGUCUAGCGGCUCCUGCCUAUCAUACUUCUGUAGUAGCUGCCCCUGUUGUACAUGCUGCUCCUGUUAUUAAGACCUAUGCUGCACCAGCUGUAGUGCAUGCUCCUCUAGUUAAGGCCUAUGCUCCCGUUGCCACCUCUUAUGCCAAUACCUAUAAAAUCUCUCAAAGAGCCUAUCCAGUAGUUCAUGCUGCUCCUGCUGUAGUAGCUGCUCCUGUUAUUAAGUCAUAUGCUGCUCCAGUUAUUGCUGCUCCUGCUUAUGGUUUGGGUCAUGGUCUGGCUUACGGUCAUGCCGGUUAUGGUCACUCCAUCUAUCAUUAAAUUUUCGAAUACUUACAUUGAUUCCUUGUUUAAAAUUUCAUCAUAUUUUUUUCAAUGUGUUCACCUGCCAACGAUUAAAUUAUGUUUAUGACUUUCGAUAACAGUGCUCUUUUGAAACUUCAUCAUUUUUACUAUAAUUUUAAAACUCAUUUCUUCUUUGAAAUCUUGUCAUUUAAAUCAUUAUAAAUUCAUAUGUAAGAGAGUAUAUUUUAGAUUUACUUUUAUGCAAAAGAAAAAUCGAACACUAGAGCAAAAGUGAGAGAAUGAGAGAGUGUUAUGUGUACCUGUAUAUUUAUUGCAUAUUUCAUUAAAGGUUUUCUUUGAGAUUUUUUUUAUAAUUUUUUGAGUUUUUCUAGCCGAAUUAUUAUUUUUAACAAGAAUAAAAUCGUUUGUUUCCAUUAAGUACUAUAAUCAUUAUAAUGUAAAUAUUUAAAGAUAAAAAAUUUGCAAAUAUUAUGCUUGUUUUUUGAAAAUCUUGUAAAUAAAAAAAUAUACGAGUAAA